UCUGCUGCGAGGGACGCUGGACGCAGAAACAACGAGCUCGUGUUGAACACAGAAAAUCUGUUGACUGGUGACGCUCUCGAAUCUCUUUCAGAAAUGUACCAACCGGCCGUGGUGGCACUUGGGGUGCUGCUCUGCUCUUCACUCUUGGUAAAUGGAGGGAACGUCCUGGUGUUCCCAUUUGAUGGAAGCCACUGGGUCAACAUGAAAGUCCUUGUUGAGGAGCUACACUCCAGAGGUCACGAAAUAACUAUUUUGAGGUCAACAGACAGCUGGUACAUUAAUCCAGAGUCCCCCUACUACAAGUCCAUCACGUUGGAUUCCUCUGCUGGUUUUGAUAACGAAGGCUUUGGGUCAUUUGCAACUACAAUGAUGAACAUGCGUCGGAAUGGUGCUUCGCUUUGGGCUCAUAUAUCUCUGGAGUAUGAAUUUGUGUUAAAGUUCUAUCAGAUGCACCAGAAAGUGGUUCAGAUGGUGGGGGAGAUGUUUGAGAAUACCACACUGAUGCAAAGCCUCCGCGAUGCCAAAUACGAUUUGGUUCUGACAGACCCUGUUAAUGGUGCAGGGGUACUUCUUUGUCACCGUUUGGGUCUCCCACUUGUCUUAAAUGUGAGAUGGACUAUUCAGGGUGAGGCACAUCUAGUAAUUGCACCUUCCCCAAUGUCAUAUGUCCCAAUACCAGGGGCAGAGCUGACUGACAAGAUGACAUUUUCAGAGCGGGUCAAGAACUUAGGUUACUAUUUCCUUCUUUGCUUUCAAAUUUGGUAUGUCACAGAUUCAAACUAUAAACCAUUCGUCCAUCGUUACUUUGGAAAUGAUGUGCAUUACAUGGAGCUGUUUCACGCAGCAGACAUUUGGUUGAUGAGGAAUGAUUUCACCUUUGAGUUUCCACGACCCACAAUGCCAAACAUCGUCUACAUGUCAGGAUUUCAGUGCAAACCCUCCAAGCCCCUGUCUAAGGAACUAGAGGACUUUGUCCAGAGCUCUGGUGAACAUGGCGUUAUUAUUAUGACAUUGGGAACAUUGGUGGCAGAACUUCCUGAGGACAUCGCUGAGGACAUUGCCGCUGCUUUCGCCCAACUUCCUCAGAAGGUGAUCUGGAAGCACAAAGGCAAAAGACCAUCCACCCUCGGCAACAACACGUUACUCUUAGACUGGCUGCCUCAAAACGACCUCCUGGGUCACCCAAAGACCAGAGUGUUUGUAGCCCACGGAGGUACCAACGGAAUCCAGGAGGCCAUCUACCACGGUGUCCCCCUGGUCGGCCUGCCCCUCAUGUUCGACCAGCCUGACAACUUCUUCAGGAUGAAAGCAAGAGGUGUGGCCAAAGUCCUGGACAUUGCAACUGUGAACAAAGACAUCUUCCUGGAGGCUCUGAAAGAGGUGCUCUAUGAGCCAACCUACAGGGAGAAGAUGAAGACGCUGUCCAGCCUGCAUAGAGACCAGCCCAUGAAACCACUGGACCGGGCCAUGUUCUGGAUCGAGUUCGUCAUGAGGCACAAAGGCGCGGCACAUCUAAGGACGGAGUCCUACAAGAUGUCCAUGAUCCAGUACCACUCCAUUGAUGUGGUGGCGUUCCUGCUGGCAGUUAUUUUGCUUGUAUUAACUAUUUUUGUUUCUGCAGUUAAGUUUUUUUGGCGAAGAGUGUUUUCUAGAAGCAAAGUGAAAAAGGAAUGAUGAAUGCUGCAAGGUAGUUGUUUCCCUUUUUUCUGGAUUCUGAUUUCUGGUAAAGAAAACAAAACAAACGGGACAUGGGGACGGCCCCUUACACGAGGUCAUGUUUCUGUUCUGUUUGUUUGUCUGUGUUUGAGAGUUAGAAAGAUAUUCAAAAAAUCAGCAAAUAACUAAGUAAGAGAUUGAGUGAAUUUGUUAUGUUUUAAUCCAGAAAUGCUCUUACAGCUUUUUAGUUUGUGAUGAGAAUUUGUCUUCCUGUUUUACAUUUUUGAGCGGUUACUGAAACAAAUAUUCAUGCUUAGUUUGUUUAGUGUCCACUUCUGUUAAAAACAUUACAUAAUUUGUUAAACUUUUCAAAGGAAAACAAUGGACCAUACAACUGUGAUUACUGGAUCGUAAAAGGUCUAGAACAUUUUGUUUAUUAAUAAUGGUUAUUGUCUCUGUUAAAUGAAGGUUAACUAGAAUAAAUGGUGACAUAUUAUAUUGCAGCUCUGUUCCCUGAAGCAGGUGUUAUCCUUAACUACAACAGCCUAGAAGCUUAAUGGUAUCUUCUUACACUACUUUUAUAGCUGAACUAGUUUUGGGUUAUAGUAAUCAGAUAGCACUUGAAGGACAUAGCCAUUGUGUUUGAAGUUCCUGUUUAUUUCUCACAAUCACUUGUCAACAGCUUCUACAGCUUUCAACAUGUUAUCAUGUUUUUUUAAAGAUUUUCUUGGGCAUGUUGCCUUUAUUUGAGAGCCAUCAGUGUAGAAACAGGCAACUUGGAGACAGAAGGAUAUAACAUGCAACAAAUGUCCCCAGCCAACUGUUUAAGUUGUGGUUAUGCAAUAUGCGGUCUAGUUGAUGAUUAAAUAUUGUUCGGGAUUUUUUGACAUUGUUGCACAACUGCAUGUUACAUUACAUUACAUUACAUUACAGUCAUUUAGCAGACGCUUUUAUCCAAAGCGACUUACAGGAAGUGUAUUCAACAUAGGUAUUCAAGAUGUUAAUGUUAAUUUGUUACUAGAAGGCACAAUGACUACAAUAUUUUGUUUAAAUGAUUAAUAAUGGGUGUUGUCUCUGUUCAAUAAUGAAGAAUUA